UCGAUUCGUUUGCCAGUGACGUCAGCCGGUCACUCAGCAGCAGCGAUGGCCGCAACCACCGGCGUCGCUUUGCUCCGCACCAUGCGCCAGGUCAUGAGCGCGAUGUGCGAGAGUCCAGGAUUUGACAACGUGCUCAGAAAGGUGGAGGUGGUGUCGGCAGAGCCAGGCCACGUGGUUUGCGAGAUGCCCGUGUGCGAGGAGCACACGAACCGCGGCGGUACGCUGCACGGCGGUCUCACCGCCACUCUCGUCGACGUGGUCUCCACCACCGCACUGCUCUCCACUGAGCGCGCUGCUCCCGGCGUUAGCGUCGACAUGAAUAUCACGUACAUGAGCGCGGCACGCGUGGGCGAGGAGUUGGUGAUCGCCGCUCACGUCUUACGCCAGGGCCGAACACUCGCCUUCGCCACCGUCGACAUCACCAACAAAGCUACCGGCCGCCUUGUGGCUCAGGGCCGGCACACCAAGCACCUGGGCAGCAGCUAGCCCUGAUCUCGACCUUAACCCUAACCAUAACAUUCAAUCUGCCCUGGCAUUAACCCUACUCUGGCCAUAGCCCUGACACUACUAUGCCCUGACCUUACCUUUAACAACAUCUGAACACAUACAUAGUACUAAUCCACCCCUCGUCGAAUCCAGAACAGAUGGGCUGAACGAACCAACAUCAAAGUCGUCCAUGUUAUAUCCUGUGCCUUCUAGCGUAAAUGAGUCGGUUUAUGAAACAAUGCAUCAUCCAUUUGCUAUCGUAAGACGAUAGGACAUGUGGUGCCUGCAAGUGGAUCAACUCUAAUUUUUAGCACAGCCACUCAAUCGCACAAUAAUUGUACUGUAUAUAUAACCACGUGUGUUUGUCCAUAUGUUGGCUCUGAAUGAGUUUUGCUUUGACUCGGCAAGCAAUGAGUGAACCUUCCUCUGCAGUUUGAUGAAUCGUCAAUCUGUGUUACGAUUAGUUUUGUCUAAUUUGUGCUGUCUUGUUUGUGCUGUUUGUCUCGUGAUACAUCUUGUUGCACCUCCAGUUAGCACGCUUGGCUAUGUACGAUGUGAAAGAAGUUCAACAUAAUACGUAUUUUUUGUUCUGUUAGCCUCAAGGUAAUAUUACAUUUAAUUGACAUGAUCCAUACAUAUUGGAUUUCUCUCCACUAAUUUUCCCCUCGUGCUGCGAGCCAUGUUCUGAAUAUUGUCACCAUAUUCAGCAGCAGUACUCAAGCACUGAAAACUGCAGCAGAGCUCUGAAAAAAAUCCUCGUGGGAGUUUAGUAACAAAUCUUAAUUUGAAGCUUUCGUGACUGCAAGGAAUCUAUACUCUCUUGGUUCUUUCAGUAAAGUCACGUAGAUAGAAAAAAUAACUAAAUAACAAUAUUAGCAUCCAAAAUAUGUUGAUACCACCCGCGAUACCGCACUUUGAAUACUCAUCACACUAAUAUAUUCGGCACGGUUGCGCACACCUGGAAUCCAACACUUUGAAGGCAAGGGUUGGGAUCACGCAGAUUUGUAACACUUGCAAACACACUGGACCGCGAGAUUAAUUUGUGAUUAUUUGUGGUGCUUCGAGUGUUAUCCCCUCGUGUGUGCGAGUUUCCUCCGAGUACUCUGGUUCGUUCCCUGCCACUCAAAUGGAGUUGGCCAAACAUCCCAAAUGCAGGACCCCUCUCCUGUUGGAAGUCUUGAGACUACAUGAGGCUUUCCUGGAUUAAGGGCAUUAUAUUUCCACCCAUGCAGACCACGUCUGACCCCUCUAGUGUCAAAACUAACCCACAGCAAUGCACACUGUUUUGUUCAUACUCGUAGCCAGCCCAUCGAUAUACAUCCGGAAAUGUUUAUUACAUUACUUGAAACAUGGUAAUGACGUCGGUUUAAUAGAGUUUGAUGAGAGUGUGAGGAGGAGCACGUGGAAUACUCGGGGGACUGAAACGGGGAAUAAUAUAUACUAUAUACAGUACUUUAUAAUAAAAUAUGUAAAUUCAUA